CAGAGGAAAUAGCUCAUCUCUUCAGCAGCAGCAAUGGCUUCAAUUCAGACUUUGAGAGAGUUUAUCAACGAGCGACUAACUGCUGGUGCUGGAGAAAUCCUCACCGUGUUUGAAGAAACUAUCGUCCAGUACAAAGAGGAGCUGGACCGACAGAACAGGCUGCUGGAAAUCAUCUUUAAACCUCCAAAGAAGUUCCACAGAACAGAGAGUCCACAGAAACACAUCAGUAAGCACAAGACGAGCUCCAUUCUGGAGCAGGAGGAACAUGAAGCUCCACACAUUAAACAGGAGGAUAUCAUUGAGGUGACUGUUACUGAUGGUGAAAGUGACGAUUCCCUGGACUCUGUGAGAGACUUGACCACCCAGAGACUAACUGCUGCUGCUGUGGAAAUCUUCAGCGUGUUUGAGCAAACUAUUGUCCAGUACAAGAAGGAUAUUGCCCGUCAGGACAGACUGCUGGAAAUCACUCUGAAACCUCAAAUCAAGUUACACAGAACAGAGAUCCAAAAGGAUCAUGACCAGAGAGAGGAUCGGCUCUUCAAACAAGAAUCAAACUACUAUCUCGAGCGAGAAGAACCAGAACCUCCACAGAUCAAUGAGGAACCAGAAGAUCCAGGACUUCUACAGAUUAAAGAGGACCACGAGGAACCAGAACCUCCACAGAUUGAAGAGGAGCAAGAAGAACCAGGUCAAAGUUACAACCGACAGGAUAAGUUGUUGGUUCACAUAAGAACUCACAUAGGUGAGAAGCCACACCCUUGUGAAACAUGUGGGAAACGUUUCUGUCGAAAGAAUGAUUUGUUGGCCCAUAUGAGAACUCACACGGGUGAGAAGCCGUAUUCUUGUGAAACAUGUGGGAAACGUUUCUAUCGAAAGAGAUCUUUGGUGGACCACUUAAAAACUCAUACUGGUGAGAAGCCAUAUUCUUGUGAAACAUGUGGGAAAUGUUACUAUCAAAGGAGUUAUUUGUUAAACCAUGUGAGAACUCACAAAGGUGAGAAGCGGUAUUCUUGUCAGACCUGUGGGGAACGUUUCAUUCAACGCAGUAGUCUUUACUUCCACUUGAGAACUCAUACAGGUGAGAAACUCUAUUCUUGUGAAACAUGUGGAAAAAGUUUCAGUCUGAAUAGUUAUUUGGUAAACCACUUGAGAACUCACACAGGUGAGAAACCAUAUUCUUGUUCAACAUGUGGGAAAAGUUUCAGUUUAAAAAGUAAUUUGGUAUUCCACUUGAAAACUCACACAGGUGAGAAACCAUAUUCUUGUGCAACAUGUGGGAAAAGUUUCAGUCGAAAGAGAUCUUUGUUGGACCACUUGAAAACUCACACAGGUGAGAAGCCAUAUUCCUGUGAAACAUGUGGGAAACGUUUUGGUCGAGCGUGUGAGUUGUUGCGCCACGUGACAGUUCACACAGGUGAGAAGCCGCACUCUUGUGCCAAAUGUGGAAAAAGUUUCAAACGACGCAGUUAUUUGUUGAUACACUUGAAAACUCACUCAGUUGAGAAGCCGUAUUCUUGUGACACAUGUGGAAAACGUUUCAAUCAGCGCGUUAAUUUCCUCUACCACUUGAGAACUCACACAGGUGAGAAGCCACAUUCUUGUGAGACAUGUGGGAAAAGUUUUUGUCGAAAGAGUUAUCUGUUGCGCCAUGUGAAAGUUCACAAAGGUUAGAAGCUGUACUCCUGUGCAUCAUGUGGAAUGCAUUUCAAUCAAAGCAGUGAUUUGUUGGGCCACAUGAGAACUCGCAUAUGAGAAGCCUUUUUCUUGUGAAACGUGAUAUUAGAUUUUCUAAUCAUAGUUUAUUGCUGCACCAUGGGAAAUCUCAUUCAGGGAGUGAAACUUGAGGCAGAAAUCACAAGCCACACCAUUAGGGAUGCACAUUUUAUAUUUUUUUUAUGACCGAUAACCGAUGCCCUUUAACCGGUUAAUAACCGUUAACCGAUAAGAUUUAAGGCCCGUCCAUGCUUCACAUGUCUGCGUGGGUGUGCGUUGCAGACUGCAGACUGUCUGGAGGGAGGAAAAGGUCUGCCAACAGAAUUGCUCCGGCGCUGCCCCCGCGAUUCAGAAGAAUGAAAAAAAAGGCUAAAUAAACUUUAAUAUUAAAUGAUAACGUACUGACAAUGUAUGUGCUUAAUUUUCUGUAAAUAAUCUGUAAUAAAGAAGCAGCUAAACAGUCUGGAGUGCCGGAAAAGCUUCUCGAGGAUGUGUAGAACAGUGCGCGUGCAUGGAACGCGCACAGAAAGAGCGUGCACAUCGGUGGAGCGCCGAUGCUCCAAAGCGACGCAAAGCAUGGACGACCUUUAAACGCCCGGUUGAGUGGUUACAUGCUCCUAUUCCGACAUUCCGACACACCACCAUUUAGACAUAUCACCAUUCCGAAAUACCGCUAUUCCGACACGCAAACGUCCCUCCAUUCCGACACGGAAAUGUGCGCUCCGAGUGAGUGACGGACUCAGCACAGUCCGGUGCUUAACUGCAGAUUUACUACAGCAAAUUCUCAUCUAAAAUGUGAAAAAAAAAGCUACAAGAUUGAGAUAUAAUUAACAGUACUGUAGGCUUCAAUCAUCUAUUGUUUUUUAAAU